UGAAAAUAAUUGACACCUUUAAAAAGAAAUGGUUGGGCUGUAGAAGGCUCAAGAAGCUUCUUCAUCGUUAUUCUUCUUCACACGAGUCAUCCUGAAAGUUCCCGAAUAUCCCUUUCCAAACUAUAUAAAUCGUCCCUGCUCCCUCCAAAUCAGCAACAUAAACAAUCGAAUCAGCAAAUUACCUACACAAUCAAGCAACCAAAUUCUUCAAUCUUUCCACAGUUUCAGCCAAACAUUAGCAAAUGUCGAUCGUCCCUAGCUUGUUCGGUGGCCGAAGAAGCAACAUCUUCGACCCAUUUUCCCUAGACAUUUGGGACCCUUUCAAAGACUUCCCUAUUUCAUCUUCUUCUGGCGUUUCAAGGGAAACUUCUGCGUUGGUAAACGCCCGUGUGGAUUGGAAGGAAACGCCAGAAGCUCAUGUGUUCAAGGCGGAUCUUCCUGGGAUCAAGAAAGAAGAAGUGAAGGUGGAGGUAGAAGACGGAAAUAUCUUACAGAUCAUCGGUGAGAGGAACGUGGAGAAAGAAGAUAAGAAUGAUAAAUGGCAUCGGGUAGAACGAAGCAGCGGGAAGUUCACGAGGAGGUUCAGGUUGCCGGAGAAUGCCAAAAUGGAUGAGGUGAAGGCGGCCAUGGAAAACGGGGUGCUUACAAUUACAGUGCCCAAAGAAGAAGUGAAGAAGCCUGAUGUCAAGUCUAUUGAAAUUUCUGGUUAGAAAGACCUUAUGAAUUUGUCAUUGUAUCAAAUCCUUGAGUUGUAUUUGGGUGUAAAGUGUUUGUGUCAGUCUACAAGGUGUUCGAUGAAAUGCUUGUGUUAUUAUCUGUAACUUUGAUGAUGAAUAAAAUGCUUGUUAGCUUGUACA